AUGAUGUCAGUGAGCGAUUUCUUGAUACAGCGGCUUCUUGGUCUCAAAGCCUCGAUGUCGACAUCGGUGCCAGCCUCUGGAGGUAGUGCAGAUAAACGAAACAUCCCAGAUAUUGUGAUGCCGAGAGUAUCAAUGAAUCUAGCGGAUCCACUGUCGGAAUACGCUGCAGCGCUGCAACUGAUGCAGUUACAAAUGUUCUGCCAGCCGAAUUUCCUGAAUUCACUUCUAAGCCAAAUGGCUGUGAUGGGGUUCGGGGUGGAUUGCAGUGGCUCAUCAAAGGUCGCAUCAUCACUGGAAACAUCGAGUGAUGCACCAGCGGCACUGGUCCACGAACGAAAGCGAGUCGCAUCACGGGGCGGCAGUGCUGAAUCGUACCUGAAGCGGCCGAAAUUACUGCGCCGUCUUGUCAAUGAUUCGGAAACCAGCUCGCCUGUUUCCGGAAUGUUUAUCAAAGAGGCUUCAUCGUUACCACCACCAGAUGAGCUACAAGCAGCUGCAGAUAUGGAUGAGACUGCCGUUUUCGUGAAUGUUUCAGAAGAAAGUCGUCGUAAGAUUCAACAAAUUCCCAAUAUUAUCGGCGACUGCAUUUGCGCCUUGUGUAAGGUCCGGUACGAUGAUGUAUUUCGGUUAGCUCAGCAUCGCUGUCCGCGAAUUAUUCACGAAGAGUAUCGCUGCCCUGAAUGUGACAAAAAAAUGUGGUGUAGCUAUUUUUUCAUCGGCUUUCUGGAAAUUCGUAGUGCAAAUCCUCUGCAGCAUUCCAGUGGUUUCCGAUUGUAG